AUGGAGGUCCGGUUCAACCAAGAGACAGAAUCGGGGAUGAUGCUGAAGAACGGGCUAAAGGAAGGGAAAGACGGGAAGGACUCUCAAAGCAAUCUUUCCAAAACCUUCCUAAAGGAAAAGCCGGAGUCUUUCUCUCCGUCCGGAACUGUGGAAAACUGCGACAAGAGCCGGACGAGCUCGGGGGACCCGGAUUACUGCCGGAGAAUACUCGUCCGAGAUGCCAAAGGAUCUAUACGUGAGAUUAUUCUGCCAAAGGGGCUGGAUUUGGAUCGGCCCAAGCGGACCAGAACAUCUUUCACGGCUGAGCAACUCUAUCGGCUUGAGAUGGAGUUCCAGAGGUGUCAGUACGUGGUAGGGAGAGAAAGAACAGAACUGGCCCGUCAGCUCAAUCUAUCGGAAACUCAGGUAAAGGUCUGGUUUCAAAACCGUCGCACUAAACAGAAGAAGGACCAGGGCAAGGACUCAGAGCUGCGAUCAGUGGUGUCUGAAACUGCAGCCACCUGCAGUGUGCUGAGACUGCUGGAACAAGGCCGGCUUCUGACUCCCCCAGGUCUGCCAGGCCUCCUGCCCCACUGUGGGAGUACAUCCCUCGGGUCAGCACUUCGGGGGCCCUCCCUAGGGAUCAGCGCCAACGGAGGGGGCUCCAGCAGCAGCAGUAGUGCGGCUAGCUCAGGGACAGCCGGGGGCAGUCCUCCGUUGCCGGUGGUGACCAGCUCAGGUACAGUCACAGGCCUUCAAGGGUCACCACCAACUCAUGGGCUAUUUAGCUUCCCUAUGCCCUCUCUGCUGGGCUCAGUGGCCACACGUAUCUCCUCCAACCCCCUUACCAUGGCCGGAUCUUUGGCUGGAAACCUGCAGGAACUGUCAGCGCGGUACCUGAGCUCAUCCGCUUUUGAACCUUAUUCGCGGACCAAUGGCAAGGAUACCCUGGACAAAAAAGUCCUGGAAUGA